AUGAGGAUUCUUGCGUGGAAUUGUAGAGGGGCGGCUAAGCCGGCCUUCAUGUCUUCCUUUAGGCGGUUGGUUCAGAUCCAUAGUCCAGAGAUCUGCCUUCUCUAUGAAACACGACUAUCCGGUAGUGGACUGGAUCGUGUAGUACGCCGGUUUGAGGUCGACUGGGAGUCAUAUGUAGUUGAGUCCCAGGGGCUGUCCGGGGGUAUUGUGGCUCUGUGGAAGCGGGGUGGGGCUACAGUCGAUGUGUUCCAUAACUGCUCCCAACAGGUCCUGAUGAUUAUUUCGGCACCUAACGCCGCACCAUGGGUCCUGAGUGGUGUGUAUGCUAGCACUGACCAUCGGACCAGGAGGGUCCUGUGGGAUGAGCUCACCCACUUAAUCGCUCAGGGUCUUCCAACGGCGAUAGUGGGUGAUUUUAAUUGUAUCUUGGAGGGGAGUGAGAAACGUGGAGGUAGGGCUUUUACUGACACUGUGGAUAGGAGGGAGUUUCGAGACUUUCUCUCGCGAAACGGCCUAGUGGAUCUAGGAUUCUCUGGCCCGCAAUUUACUUGGUGUAAUAACCAGUCUGGCCAAGCCAGGGUGUGGGAGCGGCUCGAUAGGGCUAUUGCUUCCACUGACUGGCUUACCAGAUUUCCGUCCUACAGGGUUAGUCAUCUACCCCGGAUUGCUUCGGACCACUGUCCUUUGUUGAUUUCGACUGUAUCUGGUUCUUCUCACCAGUGCCCCUUCCGCUUUGAGAAGGUUUGGUUGUCUCUCCCUCAAUCCUGGGACAUUGUCCGAGGAGCUUGGAGUCUGCCGGUUCGUGGUGACCCCAUGCAGAGGGUUUCACGUAAAUUGGAAUUGACUAAGCGUCGGUUACGGCGUUGGAACCGUGAGGUAGUGGGGGAUAUCUUCAGGAGGUUGGAGGAGGUGGAGGCUGCGAUUGCCGACCACCAAAGUAGAGAAGACCAGAUGGGUGCGCUCCCCGAGGCCGAUAUGGUCAGCCUUCGGGGUCUCCUCGCCACUCACCACUCGAUCUUGCGGCAACAUGAGAUCUUCUGGAGGCAAAAAUCCAGAAUUCAAUGGGUCAGAGAGGGUGAUCGAAACACUAGUUUCUUUCACCGCUCUACGAUUAUCAGGAGGCAGAGGAACAUGAUUCGAUCCUUGCGGGAUGAGCAGGGUCACCGGGUUGAAGGCGAUUCGGCCAUCACCCAUAUCCUGCUUGAUUUCUUUCGCUCUCGUUGGACGGAGGAUUGUGAGUCCGAUCCUGCCGGUCAGCUCCCGAGGGCUGCUUCCCAAAUCAUACGACUGAGAACGCUAUGUUGGUUCGUCCAGUGA